ACGGCCGCCGGCCGCCAGCGACGCAGCACCGCCCGACAUGCUCCUCUCUGACGGCGGCCGCUGCUGAGACCGAGAGUGGCCGCGCGCCGCGCCAGUGCCCCUGUGCCGACCGCAGUGAGCGCGUGCCGCCGACAUGGCGCCCCGCUAGUGUGCGCGCUGAGCCGAGCUGAGAGGUGCGAGCUGGUGGCGUCAUCCGCGUCGUCCGCCGCCGCCGGCCGCCUCCUCCGCCAUCUUGUUAUGCGGGAGCGGCGCGGCCCGGCCGGCGAACGGGAGCCGCGUGUGCAGAACAGGGUACUGCCGGCCAGCCGGCCCAGAUAGCCUCGCUGAAACGCCGCCGGAUGACGGACACCAGAUUUUUUAUACUUAAUUUUUAGCAAGUAUGAAUGAGUUGGAUACAUUGAGACAAGAGGCCGAGAUAUUAAAAAAUACUAUUCGAGAUGCCCGGAAGGCGGCGUGUGACACCACCCUUGUGCAGGCAACUGCCACAAUGGAACAGAUCGGACGAAUACAAAUGCGCAACCGACGAACGUUGCGCGGCCACCUCGCCAAAAUCUACGCCAUGCACUGGGGCUGCGACUCGCGGAACCUGGUGUCGGCGUCUCAGGACGGCAAGCUGAUCGUAUGGGACAGCUACUCGACCAACAAGGUGCACGCCAUCCCUCUGCGCUCCUCAUGGGUCAUGACCUGCGCCUACGCUCCUUCGGGCAACUUCGUGGCCUGCGGCGGUCUGGACAACAUCUGUUCAAUAUACAGCCUGAAGACCCGGGAGGGCAGUGUGCGCGUCAGCAGAGAACUGCCCGGCCACACGGGCUACCUGAGCUGCUGUCGGUUCGUCGACGACAACCAGAUCGUGACCAGCUCCGGUGACAUGACCUGCGCGCUCUGGGACAUUGAGACGGGCCAGCAGUGCACGGCGUUCACCGGUCACACCGGGGACGUCAUGUCCCUCUCGCUGGCGCCCGACAUGCGCACAUUCGUCUCCGGCGCCUGCGACGCCUCCGCCAAGCUAUGGGACGUACGAGAGGGCGUGUGUCGCCAGACCUUCUCCGGACACGAGUCAGACAUCAACGCCAUCGGGUUUUUCCCGAGCGGGAACGCGUUCGCCACGGGCUCGGACGACGCCACGUGUCGCCUGUUCGACAUCCGCGCCGACCAGGAGCUGGCCAUGUACUCGCACGACAACAUUAUCUGCGGCAUCACCAGCGUGGCGUUCAGCAAGUCUGGCCGCCUGCUGCUGGCCGGAUACGACGACUUCAACUGCAACGUCUGGGACGCCAUGCGCACAGAGCGGGCCGGCGUGCUGGCCGGUCACGACAAUCGGGUCAGCUGUCUGGGCGUCACAGAGGACGGCAUGGCCGUCUGCACCGGCUCCUGGGACAGCUUCCUCAAAAUCUGGAACUAGCCGGCCGCCCGACACAGCGGCCGCCGCCAGCCGUCGCGUGCGUCAGUAUCGUUUUAUUUUGGCUUUUAUCUGGGAGCCGCGUGGCCGGCGUCUACGCGGCGCGGGCAGGAGCGCGGACAGCGCCGAGCUGAUGUCCGCCGCGCCGCCCCGCCGCCGCCUCGCCGCGCUACCUCUCUGUAGAGUCUUGUGUUUAACGGCAAAAUAAUCAUCAUGUGAUUUGCUGUGAGGCGUCGGUUAUUUAUAAUGUGCCGUUUGCCAGGUGUUGGUGCGAGCGGCGCGGCGCGCGCCGGGCGGCUGGGUCCGCCGCGGCAGCGCCGCCGGCUGCCCCACCCGGAGGACUGCAGCGCGGCCGAACAACAUCUCCAGGGCUCAGGGCCGCGCUGCUGUCAGCCGGCUGGGUGUGGCCGGCGCCGGGCGCCGCCGCCUGCCGACCGCCGCGCCGCCGCCGGGCCGGCCGGCCGCCGCCGCCGACCGCCGCGCCUCCCCCGCCUGUCCCUUCGGGCGGCGCCGCGCGGCCGGGGCGGGCGGCCGACCGGCGCGGCGGCGGCACGGAGCGUCCGGCGCAGGUCGCCGCCGCUCGCCGGCCGCGCGCAGUCUGUUCAUGUUCGUGUUUCUUAUACCGAGGGUAGAGCUGCGCGGCGGGCCUGCAGCCGACGGGGCCGAGAGAGAGAGAGAGAUAGCUUUUCUAGGGGUGCCGCCGCUCCGACCGGGCCGGACCGGCACGGCACGCGCGCGCCACCAGACUCGGUUCCCACUCGGCCUAUGUUCCUUUGACGAAAUUUUUACGCUAUAGCUUCUAUAUCGUUCGUGGAUUUUGUCAUGUAAGGAACCAUCCGAUUUGUCCAAUAAAAUACUUGUCUUUA